GAGAAGCCCUGAUCACUGAUUCACUCAUGUGGAGGCAGCAGACCCCCGUAGCUAAAAUCUAGAUUGGCAGACAGAGACAGAAGCAGGUUCAAAACCUGACUUUGCUGCCUGCUAACUGUGAGACCAAAGACAGAGCACUGAAUGUCUGCUGGCCUCGCUUUCUGCAUCUGUAAAAUGGACUGGUAACAGUUCCUUCUUCAUGGGCACCCCUACAGAGCAAGGAUUGUGAGGCUCAGAGGGGAUGAUGGAGGGGGACCCACCCCUGGGGGCGUCGGGGGGCACAGGUGUGGCAGGCAGGACGCAGGGAUGUGGAGGGGGACUGGUCCUGGGAGAGGAAGUCCAGCUGCUUCUGGGGUGUCAGGUGCGGCGUAAGAUGCUCUGCAGCUCCAUUAAUCUUUGCAGUGACCGUGAAGUGAUACUGUCAGUAACAGUGCCCACAGUGGAGGCUCUGAGCGCUGAGCUGACUGCCAGCCCUCCCGGUCCCACUCACACCUGGCUCCGCCCUCUGGGCCGCCUGGCCUCGGUGCCCCAGCCUCGCUUUGCUCACACAGGUGGGGGAGGGGAGCGGCACCUCCUGCGGGGCUGUGUGGCUGGGGUCACCGUCAGCAGUGGGCCAAGAGGUCCCAGAGGGCUCCCUCCCACUUCCCGUCAGACUUCAGGAGGGAGUCGCUGCAGCCCAGGCUUGGGGCGCCCUGGAUGCCUGCAGGGCCCCUCCUCUCUGUACAGGACAUCAUCAAGGUGGGGGUGGCCGGGGGUCAGCACCGUGGAGAGGGGAGGCAAUGGAAGAGAUCAGAGACACCUGCUGGAAUUCAGGCAGGAUUAUCUACACACACACACACACAUAUACACAUGUGUAUUAAUGGCUGUUUCCAUUUUGCAAAAAGUUAUGUAAACCACAUAUAUUCUUUGUGCACAUAUACCAUAUAUUGUAUAUACCACAUAUACAUAUAUUUACAUACAUAGUAUCUAUAUGGUAUGUUCAAUUUUUUCGCAAAAUGGAAAUAACCUCACUGUGGUUUUUUCCUGACAUCAGAGGUUAUGCCUUGUCUGAAAGUGGGUGGAAAUCUCUGGAGGACUGUGGGGAUUUCUGGGGGAGAAGGGAGGAGGGACACUUACUUUUCCUGUGUCCCUCUUGUAUCUUUUAUAUUUUCUACCAAAAGCAUGUAUAACAUAUUCAAAAAGAUAACUUUUUUUUAAAAUGCAAGCUUAUUGCAGAGAAGCCAAGCACUCCACACCCACCAACGGUCACCAGGCUGCGGCCACCCCUCGGGUCUCCUGCGUGAGCGGACACACUGAACGCCUAGUGUGUCUCUUGUCCUGUAACCUGUCUUCUUUCUUAUCCCUCGUGCCCAGGACACACCUGGCACAGAAAGAACUUGUAAAGGUGCUGAAACACCUGCCCCGUCUCUCUCCCAGCUACUGUCCGGUCGCCCAUCACCGUGCAGCUGACGCACUGAGAUCGUUCCUGCUGCCGGCCCUUUAAGACGUUCCCAGCACCGCUGUUACACGCGAACUUGACCAACUUUCUUAUUCAUGAAUGUUUAGGAACGCGUUAGUGUCCAUAAGCUCUUGCAGGUGGGCCUACAACGGCACAGAGAAAUACGCUUUAAAGGCUUUUGCUCGAUGUGGCCAAAGGCCCUCAGCAGAGCCAUCCCACUCUGCCAGCCUGCUUUCUUGUUUGGGCAGCAGGAAUCCCCUCUGCACCUGCAGGCGGGAAGCUGAGGCUGUGAGUCACCCUGUGUCUCAGUUGUCACGGGCACACACUGGUUCAAAAACCAAGCCCAAUUCUGUCUGGGAAGCAACCAGUGCUCGGGGGAGUGACGGCUUAGCCAGAAAGUGGGCACAGGCACCAUGAGCAUCAGCGAGGUCGUGCAGCGGGCCAGAGCCGCCUUCAACUCGGGCAAGGCUCGCCCGCUGCAGUUCCGCAUCCAGCAGCUGGAGGGGCUGCGGCGCAUGAUCCGCGAGCGCGAGAAGGACCUCGUGGGCGCGCUGACCGCCGACCUCCACAAGAACGAGUGGAACGCCUACUACGAGGAGAUUGUGUACGUCCUGGAGGAGAUUGACUAUGUGAUCCAGAAGCUCCCUGAGUGGGCUGCAGACGAGCCCGUGGAGAAGACGCCCCAGACCCAGCAGGAUGAGCCCUACAUCCACUCGGAGCCCCUGGGCGUGGUGCUUGUUAUCGGCGCCUGGAACUACCCCUUCAGCCUCACCAUCCAGCCCAUGGUGGGCGCCAUUGCUGCAGGGAACGCGGUGCUCAUCAAGCCCUCGGAGCUGAGUGAGAACACGGCGAGCCUGCUGGCCGCCGUCAUCCCGCAGUACCUGGACAAGGAUCUGUACGCGGUCAUCUGCGGGGGCAUCCCCGAGACCACAGAGGUGCUCAAGGAGAGGUUCGACCACAUCCUGUGCACCGGGAGCACUGCGGUGGGGAAGAUCGUCAUGGCGGCCGCGGCCAAGCACCUGACCCCUGUCACGCUGGGGCUCGGGGGGAAGAACCCCUGCUACGUGGACAAGGACUGUGACCUGGACAUUGCCUGCAGACGCAUCGCCUGGGGGAAAUUCAUGAACAGCGGCCAGACCUGCGUGGGCCCCGACUACAUCCUCUGUGACCCCUCCAUCCAGAACCAAAUCGUGGAGAAGCUCAAAAAGUCCCUGAAAGAGUUCUAUGGGGAGGACGCCAAGAAGUCCCGCGACUACGGGAGAAUCAUUAACUGCCAGCACUUCCAGAGGAUCAUGGGCCUGAUGGAGGGCCAGAAGGUCGCCCACGGAGGCGCCGGGGAUGCGGCCACGCGGUACAUAGCCCCCACCAUCCUCAUGGAUGUGGACCCGCAGUCCCAGGUGAUGCAGGAGGAGGUCUUCGGGCCCAUAAUGCCCAUCGUGUGUGUGCGCGGCCUGGAGGAGGCCAUCCAGUUCAUCAACCAGCGCGAGAAGGCCCUGGCCCUCUACGUGUUCUCCCUGAACGACAAGGUGAUUAAGAAGAUGAUCGCAGAGACAUCCAGUGGUGGGGUGACAGCCAACGACAUCAUGGUCCACAGCACCGUGCACUCUCUGCCCUACGGGGGCGUGGGGAGCAGUGGCAUGGGGUCCUACCGCGGAUGGGAGAGCUUCAAGACCUUCUCCCACCGCCGCUCCUGCCUGGUGAGGCCUCUGCUGAACGAGGAGUCCCUCAAAGCCAGAUACCCACCGAGCCCGGCCAAGAUGCCCCGUCACUGAAACUCUGCCGUGGCCUUGCCGAACUGCACCCUCGCCCGCACACCAGCCCUCGAAUGCUCGCUCCUGGGUACCCCCUCCUUGCUCUGUGUGCAUCAGUGCAGCCCCUGCUCCCAUGGCUGGGGCCUAGCCUCCCGGAGCCCCACCCCUGAGCUAGACAUAGAGACCAAUAAAAGCUUCCAAGCAGCAAA